CAGUGUCAUACUGAACCCUGUCACAUCAGAAAUCCAUUUGUUUCCCAGAGAUUCAUUCAUUUAACUGCUGCUAUGUGGAAGGACUCAAGCAAUGAUGAUGCCAGACCCGCAGCCUCCAGCGGCGGCUCCUCUCGCAGCGCCAGCCGCAGGAAGAGAACCAGCUUCUCCAAAGAGCACGUGGAGCUCCUGCGUGCCACCUUUGAGACCGACCCAUACCCUGGCAUCAGCCUCAGAGAGAGCCUGUCCCAGACCACAGGCCUGCCGGAGUCACGCAUUCAGGUGUGGUUUCAGAACAGAAGAGCUCGCACCCUGAAGUGCAAAGGAGCCAAGAAAGCUUUAUGGCAGUCCGAUAGCCCCGUCCACGAUGCUCUGCCUCCACCUCAUGCUGUAGCCAGCAGGGGCAUGCAGGUUGGUUCAGUCCAUCUGCCGCCUCAAGGUCCUCCACCAGCCUACCCCACCCAGGUGAAGGAGGAGCUGAAGGAAGCUUGCUACUAUGGACAGCAUCCUCCAGCCUACUCCACCAUUGAGGAGCAUGGACACUAUGGCUCUGUGUAUGGGCUCCAGCAGGGCAGACCGCUGGGAGGCAGCUCCAGCCCACCUUUGAGGGGCUUCUGGUCCCAGCCCGGCAACCAAGCCUCCCCUGCUCUGCCUCAGUGGUGCCACUCUCCCCUGGAGAUGAGAAGCUACAGUUUAAACUCCAGCCAUGCAGCCCUCAAGUAUCCAGGAUCAGCAGAGCAGCAGAUGUACAUGCCCUGCUCCACCUCCCACUCCUCAAGUCCAACCACCCCUGAUUCUGGAUACUGGGAUGCCAGUCUGGAGAACAGCCCACCAUCAGAGGGUCAGUACUCUCAGCUGGAUGAUUCAUGGAGCGGGGCUCCUCUGGGAGGAUGUGGGGAGUCUGGACACCCAGCGCUAGUCCAGCACACACCCCUGCCGGAGCUGUCCCUGCAGGAGAUUCUUGGGGAGCUGGAUGAGGACUGGUUGGGAGGAGAGGCACUGGACAGCCAUGCCUCUGGGGAAAAAAUGGCUUUCUGCUAAUGAUUCUGUCAUAAAGAUUUACGAUGGACAAUUAGAAAUCAUUUGUAUUACUUUGAUUCAAGUCAUUUGUGUAUUGCUUCUGAGAUGUGUAUAUAGAACAAGUCCAAAAACUCUGCCAACGACUGGAAAUUUUUACACAUUUUUCACAUUUUAAAAACACCGACCAAAGCUUCUAUUGGUUAACAUAUUUAUUCAUUUAUUAUCUUUUAUUUAUACCCUAUUGUGAUUUUCUGCACUUUUAUACAAAUAAAUCA